GUUCUCUUUUCAGAAAGACUCGAAUUUAUCCCACUGAUGGACCAUUUCGAAAGUCUUUGUCUCAUGGACUUUGAGCCUACUGGACAUUCCAAACGUCCAGUUUGUAAAGAUUGUCUGAGACCCGUGGUCGCCUGUUGGUGUUCUUGCCUACCGGAAUCUCGUUUGCCUAUCCACACAAACAUCUUGAUUUUGCAACAUCCUUACGAGGCAAGUGAAUUUGCCUUGCACUAACCUAUUCCAUCAUCCUGUUGCUCUGAUUUGAAAUUAAUGUGCAGCUUCAUGAAACUCAUAUUUCCAAGCACAUACAUUCUUUCUCACUCUGGUGCCGGUGAUGGUUCCGGCACCACACAUGAUUUCACGGACUCCAUGGCGACCAAUCUACCGAGCUCUUGUCUCUGCUUGUCUCAGCGUGGAUUCCCUUUCAGAAAGUCGUAAAAUACGCACCGCUCGUAUUCUCGAACUAGCGCUUGCUGAAAACCGCUGUCGUCUUGUUCGAGGGAGGAAAUUCAACGAACAGCAGUGUCCAGAUCUUAUCCCAAUACUGACCGGAGAGGAUACUUACGUACUUUUCCCAUAUCAUGGAGCUGUUCCAGCCUCAGAAUGCCGUCCUGACUACGAUGACAGUUCGCAUCGCUCUCGGUGGCUCGUUGUGCUCGAUGGCACUUGGACUCAGGCGCGCCACAUGCUAACUGGAUCUCCUCUAUUGUUUGCUUUGAAGCGAGUAUGUCUCCCACCCAACCCCCUGACUGGGGAAUUCGAUCGCAGUCAGUUCGUCCGACGACAGCCUUUCUCUGAAGCCGUAUGCACGGUUGAAGCGGUAUCUCGGAUAUUGGAUCUCUGGGAGCCACCAGAUUCGUCAAGACCGACGGACUUCUACCAGUCUCGACUGCUUAGGCCGCUUCAUCGAAUUCUUGAGGUCAACUUGAAGUGCAUUCGAGGGUGUAGGAGAAAAGUCUGUGAUAAUACCGUUCUAACUUGUUCGUAGAAGGAUGCAUCAGACCACUUCCUCCGCUAGUAUUUCACUGUGCUCUCUGAAUCCGCCAACUUUUUGAAACACCUUUUCGGAUGAAAUGAUGGCACAAGUAUGGACCAACCACUUGGCAUCGCCCCCUCCCCCAAAUGCACAGACACCAUCCACGACUGCAUCGAGAUUACUCUAUUUUUGUCCCACGCUUUCUGAAUGCAAUUCCGUUGUACAUUUUCCCAACAGUACCCUAAAACUAGGUUCGGGAACAGGUGCAUAAAAGCCACCAUAAUACGAUUUUUU